CAUGGCAUAUCUACACCAAUCACGCGGGCAAGCGCCAGGGUCUCCUUCGGUGCCUGGCAGCCCGCUCCGCCAUACGACCAGCGUAUCAACAAAUCACCUGCACCACAAACGAGGACUCAGCGAGGCCACCGGCUCACCAAAGGCAAAGGGGUUCUGGGAGGCCAAAGAAGCCAAUGUCGCGCCUGUUACACCUGAACAGUUCCGCACUGCUCUAAGGCCUUUACAACAGGCCCCGGGAACAUCGCCUGCUCAGCCCUCGCCGCAUUCGCUAUCACAUACUCAUUCGCACUCGCGCUCCAAGAGUCUGCAUGACUCUAGAAUGGACCCCUUCAACGACAGCACUCCCACUUCCCAGUCGGCCUCGCCCAUGCCCGCAUCACCACCGAUGAAGUCUCGACCGCAUUCGCUUGCAAUCUCCCGCUCCGACUCCGUGCGAGCCCCUAUCCACGACCGCGGCAACCGCAAUUCCGUUCACGUCCACUUCGCCUCGCCGAGCCACAUCGAGAAGUCGGAACUACAAGGCUUGCAAAGAUCAGCCACGAAACACCUGCGCACCCUUAGCAAGUUUGCCCAGAACACUGACGACGACGACUUCUCGAUCAAGUCUCCAGAGCAAGAGGUUGUUGGUCUGCAUGGCCGCAGGAGGUUACAACGUACCAUGACAACAAAAGAGAAGAAAGGAACAGAAAAUACUAGCAAAUUCACAAGCAGUUGGGAGGCUAGCAAGUGGAUGGAUCGUCAACGUCAAUUCUUGCAGGCCUAUGAAUAUCUGUGUCAUAUCGGUGAAGCCAAAGAGUGGAUCGAAGACAUUAUUCACAAGCAGAUCCCUGAGAUUGUUCAGCUUGAGGAGGCACUCAGAGACGGCGUCACGUUGGCUGAAGUUGUGCAAGCCAUCCAUCCCGACCGACCUAUACGCAUCUUCAAGCACGAGCGCCUACAAUUCCGCCAUUCUGACAACAUUGCUCUAUUCUUCCGCUUUCUUGCUGAGAUGGAACUGCCCGAGCUCUUCCGUUUUGAGCUGGUCGACUUGUAUGAGAAGAAGAACAUUCCCAAGGUCAUCUACUGCAUUCAUGCCCUGUCGUGGCUUCUUUUCCGCAAAGGAGUCGUAGACUUCCGCAUCGGUAACCUUGUCGGUCAAUUGCAAUUCGAGGACCAUGAGCUCGAAGCCAUGCAGAAGGGUCUUGACAAGGCUGGCAUUAGUAUGCCCAACUUCUCAGGCAUGGGAGCCAAUUUCGGUGAACCAGAACCGGAACCGGAACCCGUUGAGACAGAGGAAGAACGAAUUCAGAGAGAACUCUCCGAACACGAAGCCAUGCUCGAAGACUUGCAAUCUCAGGUUCGCGGGGCUAUGAUCAGAUUAAAACUCGGCGACACCAUGAAUCAGCUAUGGGACGCCGAAGAAGUCAUCGUCGACCUUCAAUCAAGGAUCCGUGGAGACUUCGCUCGUCAGAUUUCAGAUUAUCGCAUGGAUAUGAAACGAUUCGCUGUUCAGCUUCAGAGUGCUGCUAGAGGCUUCCUCAUUCGCAAGCGUCGCAGCAACCGUGAGCAGACCUGGAAAAGCCAAGAGAAGCAAGUCGUCACUCUUCAAUCGCUCUUCAGAGCUCGCAAAGCAAGAACCGAAGUCAAGCGAAUGCGUACUCACAUGCAGAAGCAAGAAAUGGGCAUCCGCAACCUUCAAGCCGCUAUUCGUGGAGCGCUGGGUAGAUGGAAUGUCAGUGACCAAUACGAAGCGACACGCGAAGCCGAAGAGCCAGUUCGUUGGCUUCAAGCAGCAAUCAGAGGAGCUAUCAAGAGAAAGCAGAUUGAGCGCCAGAUUGAAGAAGGUCACGCCUCUGAGGAGCACAUUGUUUCUCUACAAGCCGCUAUUCGAGGUGCUCUUCGAAGAACUCAGGUUGAGCGUCAACUCGAAGACAGCCGAGCGUCUGAGCAAAAUGUUGUCGCCAUGCAAGCCGCAAUCAGAGGUAUGCUUGAGAGAAAGGGGCAUGCUGCGAAUGCGGAUCUGCUUAGAAAGCAUUCGAGAUCUGUCGCAAUGCUCCAACAUGCAAUGGCUGGCUUUAUUCAGCGUCGGAAACUCGAACACACCCGCACAUCCCUGGAUAUAGAGGCCCCUGCCUGGCUCGCACUUCAAUCUGCAGCGCGUGGUCAGAAAGCAAGGCGUACGUUCAGAAAACUCAAGUCAGAUCUACAAAAGCAAUCGCCUUCGAUCGUCGCAUUGCAAUCCGCUUUCAGAGCUGGUUGUGGUCGUAAGAAUGUGAACGCCAUCAGGGAUGCGCUCAGUUACCGCGAGAAUUCGAUCCUUGAGUUCCAGAGCUCUGCUCGUGGCCAUAUAUUCCGCAAGAAGCACCAUGCCGAUAUCAACGCGCUGUAUGCCCAAAAGCCAGCGAUCAGAGAUCUCCAAUCUCUGUCGAGGGCCUAUCUUGAGCGUCAAAGAGUGUUUGAUGUUUUGUGUCAGCUUAACGAGCAAGAAGACCAGAUUGUCGAGUUGCAAAGCAUCGCUCGCGCCCUUCUUGGCCGUCGCGACAUUGGUACUCUUCUUGGUCAGCUUGAAGAUGAAGAGGACGCAGUCAUGGAAUUGCAAUCUGCCAUUAGAGGAUCACUUGUGAGGCGAGACUUUGUCGAGAAGCAACGCUUCUACAAGGAGAACAUGGAGAAGGUCAUCAAGGUCCAGAGCAUAAUCCGCGCCCGUCAACAAGGUCAAGCCUACAAAAGCUUGACCAGCGGAAAGAAUCCACCUGUCGGUACAGUGAAGAACUUUGUUCAUCUCCUCAACGACAGCGACUUCGACUUUGAUGAGGAACUUGAGUUCGAGAGACUGCGUAAGACUGUCGUCCAGCGCGUAAGACAGAACGAGAUGGCCGAGCAAUACAUCGAUCAACUCGAUAUCAAGAUUGCGCUUCUUGUCAAGAACAAAAUUACCCUGGACGAAGUCGUCAAGCAUCAACGGCACUUUGGUGGCCACAUUGGCAGUCUCCUGAACAACACCGAAAUCUCUUCCAAAGAUCCUUUCGACCUCAAGGCCUUGAACAAGAACUCGAGGAGGAAGCUUGAGCACUAUCAGGAGCUGUUUUUCCUCUUGCAAACUCAACCACAAUAUCUUGCACGUCUCUUCCACAAGCUGAAAGAACAAGGCAUGCCAGAGCAAGAAGGCAAGAGGAUCGAGCUGCUCAUGAUGGGACUCUUUGGCUUUGCGCAGAAACGUAGAGAGGAAUACUACCUCUUGAAGCUAGUGACACGCUCUGUUCAAGAAGAAGCAGAGCACAGUGCUUCUCUACAGGAUUAUCUCCGUGGUAAUUUCUUCUGGAGCAGAUUGCUAUCUGCCUAUGUGAGAAGUCCCCGCGAUCGCAAGUACAUGCGCGAUUUAUUCGGACCACUAGUCAGGGAAAGCAUCUUCGAAAACGCAGAUCUGGACCUUGAAAGUGAUCCAAUGCAGAUCUACCGUGCUUCGAUCAACAACGAAGAGCUCUCUACCGGACAGCGCAGUCGCAGGAACCCAGACAUCUCACGUGAAGAAGCUAUUCGCGAUCCUGAGACCAGAGAUCUCUUUGUAUCACAUCUGCAAGAUCUCCGCGAUAUUUGCGACCACUUCUUCAUCCUGCUGGAAGAGACUCUGCCUCGUAUGCCUUACGGUCUGAGAUUCAUUGCCCAGCAAACUUUCAACACGCUCGUGACCAGUUUCCCUGGAGAAAGUCAGCAGCAUCUCCUCCAAGUGGUCGGCCACUGGCUAUGGAAGGCCUACCUUGCCCCUGCUUUGACUCAACCAGAGAUGUGGGGUAUAAUUGAUAGAGGGCUAAGUCCCAUACACAAGCGAAACUUGGGAGAGGUCAGUAAAGUUCUCGGUCAGGUAUAUGCUGGCCGACUAUUCGGCGGCGACCACAUUUAUCUGCAGCCUCUAAACACCUGGGUUGGCGAGGCUAUCGAGAGAAUGGAGGAGCUUCUUNUGAUCGAUAUUCCCGAGCCUGAGCAACAAUUCGAUAUUGACGAGUUCAACGAUCUCUUCGCCCGCGUCAAGCCCACACUGUACAUCAAGAUGGCAGACAUCUUUGCUAUUCAUCAUCUUGUAACAAACGAGCUGUCGCAUCUCUCCGACCCAGACGAUGUUCUACGUGAGAUCAUUCGCGAGCUCGGCAGUGCUCAGAGUAACGAGAACGAGAUGAUGGGUGUAGGCUCGAACGAGAUCAGCUUGCAAUUGACCCCCAAAUUCCACGACAAGCAAGAUCCAGAGGCCGACCUCAAGCAACUGUUCAUGGAGACCAAGCGCCUCGUCUUGUUCAUCAUCAGGAUACAAGCUGGAGCCAACUUGCUUGAAAUUCUCGUUCGCCCUAUCACACCGGAUGAUGACGACAAGUGGUUCUCACUCCUGGACGAAGAAGCUCUGCACCAGAAGCAUAACCCAAGAGCACCUUCGGCAUACUCUGGCAUGAUGGAAGAAGAACCAGCUUCAACUCUUCUAGACAUCACUUCAAUGUCAUACGCUGAAGUCAAGAGUGCGGCUCUCGAGAACAUUCUGAUGCUUGAGCAAGAAGGAAAAGUCAACAGACACAAUCAGUACCAAGACCUGCUCAAUGCUAUCGCUAUCGACAUCAGGACGAAGCAUCGUCGUCGCGUACAAAGAACUCGCGAGUUGGACGGUGUCCGUGCUACGCUUACGCAACUCGACUCGAAGGCAUCUUACUUGGAUGAGCAACUACAAAGCUACAACGACUAUAUCGAGCAGGCCAUGAUUACGCUGCAAAACAAGAAGGGGAAAAAGAGAUUCUUGCUGCCUUUCACUAAGCAAUACAACCACGAGCGUGAAUUGGCUCGAUCUGGUCGCACACCCAAGUUCGGUUCCUACAAGUACUCGGCACGUUCUCUUGCGGAGAAGGGCGUACUUGUCAGCUGGGAAGGAUACGAUGCAACUCAGUGGAAUCGCAUCAACGUCACAAUCUCUUCGGAUGAAGUUGGCGUAUUCCACAUCGAGGGUAGCAUGGGUAGUCUUAUGAUCCCAGGCGCUAGCGCUUCUGUGCCCCUCGAUGACCUCCUCCAGGCGCAAUUCGACAACCAUCAAUUCAUGAACCUGUUCCGUGGCACUGGCGGCGAAGGUGGUCUAAAGCUGAACGUCAAUCUCUUCUUGCAUCUGGUCUUCAAGAAGUUCUACCGUGAAGAG